AUGCCGCUCGUCAUUCUUACCGGAUACCCCUGCUCCGGCCUGACGUACCGAGCAAACCAACUCGCCUCGCUGAUCGAAAAGGCGCAAGAUGAGCUCUUCGCGUCCACCCAGUCGGGGACUGCCCCUCCACUCAAAUCACGGUACAAAGUCCACGUCGUGGCUUCGCAUGACAAGUCACAUCCGAGAACGGUGUACGAUCAUGCACGUACCGAAAAGGAGGCUCGUGGCGUGGCCUAUGCGCGAGCGAAGCGUGUGCUCGCGCGCGACAGCAUCGUCAUUUUGGAUGGAAUGAAUUAUAUCAAGGGCUGGCGGUAUCAGCUAUGGUGUGAGGCAAAAGCUUCAAACACGACAUGCUGCGUGGCCGUUGUCAUGCAACAGGUCCAUGUCGGAACGCCGAUUGACCAGUGCGUCGCCAACAACGAUGCUCGGUUGCGCCGCCAAGAGGAAAAACAGUCUUCAGCGACGACUGAACCCAACGCCGACCCGAAUGAUCCUGUCGACGAAGAAGAACCGUACCCACCCGAGCUCCUCAACAACCUCAUCUUCCGCUACGAAGAACCCAGCACCCACAGUCGCUGGGACAAACCCCUCUUCACAGUCCCCUGGCCUGAUUUAGAACCCCCUGUCGCCGAGAUCUUCCAAGCCCUCUCCGGCGUUGCCCUCCACCCUUCCACUGACGCCAGCCCCGAAACCCCCAUCCCUUCACUCACCGAAUCCCUCGCAUCCUCAACAAUAUCCGACGCCGCCAGCACCACCACCACCGGCCGAGCCUUCAACCGCGGUCCACAAUCCCUCCGACCCAAAAUCGUCCCUCACCAAGCCACCGUCCAAGCCGUCGCGACGGACUCGGGCGCUCUCUACGCAAUGGAAAAACGCACCACAGCGGUCGUCAAUGCCAUUCGCGCCUUUACACAGGCCCACCCCUCGGCGGAAACGGCCCUGGCACAAAGUACACAUCAAAAGGGCAUUGCGAUCCCAGUCCCCGACGCUUCGAUCCCCGUCGUAAUCCCUGCUCAUGUUGCAACGACGGGGACGACGGAUGAAUUGGCCGGCGCGGGCGGGAUUCUGGCGUUGCCAAAAUUGCAGCGCAUGCGGCGGCAGUGGAUCAGUUUGAAUCGCAAGUAUAUUGGUCAUGGUCAUGGGGCCGGACAGGGGUCCUUGGCCCCGGAGAAGGUUGCGGAUGCUUUUGUGCGGUUUUUGAAUCAUGAGUUUGGUGGGUUGGAGAGUAAUGAUGUCUGA